UUUCGAACAUCAUGAUGCCUUGGAAAGUGUGGGCUCUCUUUUUGGGUUCACUUUUCACAAUGCAAGGCACUGAAGCACAGGAUUGUGGAGUUGCACCUCUGAAGAACCAAAGAAUAGUGGGAGGCGAGGAUGCCCGAGAGGGUUCGUGGCCUUGGCAUGUCUCCCUGGCUUUUAGCGGCCAAUUCGUAUGCGGAGGAACCCUAAUCAGCAAUGAAUGGGUGCUCACUGCUGCCCACUGCAUGUUCAACGAUUCAUUACCUCAAUGGACGCUAUAUCUUGGAAGGCACAACCAGAGCGGCCCAAAUCCCAAUGAAGUGGCCAGAAACCUGUCCCAGAUCAUCCAACAUCCGGACUACCCCUCGCAAUACGAUCUAGCCCUCUUGAGGCUCAGCAACCCUGUCAAUUACACUGACUACAUCCGACCUAUUUGCAUGGCAAGUAACGCCAGUCAGUUCAACAACGCCACCAUGUGCUGGGCCACAGGCUGGGGCCAAUUGUCCAACGUGUCCAACACGUCUGAGACGCUGCAAGAGGUUGAGGUUCCCAUCAUUGAAAACAAACAAUGCAGCGACAGCUAUUUCCCAGAUGGAGAAGACACAUUCUUCAACGACAUCAUCUGUGCAGGACAGUGGAACAAGGGAACAUGCUUUGGUGAUUCUGGUGGACCUUUGCAAUGCAACCAAGGCUCAGUGUGGAUCCAGGCGGGCAUCACCAGUUUCGGCAUACCUUGUGCCACGGGACAAGCCCCUGAUGUGUACACCCGUGUGUCGUAUUUUCAGGAUUGGAUCACAGAGCAAGUGUCAGGGGCAAAUGUUGGCUUUGUGACCCAUAACACUCCUGUCCCUGAACCAGAUCCUUGUGGUGUCUUUUCAGUGUGCGGAGCACAGGCUAUAAACCCGUCGACCAUUGCAAGUUUGUCUUGUCUUAGCAUAUUGUUUCUCCUGCAGGGGAUUCAAGCCGUGUAACAAGACAGUAUCACUAGCUUUCGAUAAUGAACAUGGAUGGUAUGACAUAAAAAUCUUCGGUAAUGGUUCUGGUAAAGUCCCCUCCAACUCAACUCAGGGUGCCAUUCCUUGAAAAAAAAACAAGGGACACAUUGUUGGUACACUUGCAUUUAAUUGAGGCAUGUUUUGGAAUAAUGCUCAUACAAGGGCAAAAAAAUGUACAAUCAUUUUUUUUUUCUGUGUAGAAAUAACCAAAUUAACAGUCUUUGGGCCUACGGGACAAAGAGAAUCUCUUUUCAGCUCAGUUAUUUAUUAUUUUGAAAUACAUUUUUCAAAAGACAAUUGGCCACUCUAAAUGCAAAAUAUUAGAGAGGGAGCUCUCAAGUUCGCAGCCAAAUAAUGUAUAUGACAAUAUUUAAGAGAAAAUAACUCAAGUACAGUUAGGGUUGUCAACUGAUCCUUGAAAAUCAGAAUUGUCCAGUAUUUAGACGCAAAACAUCCCUUAUUAAACUAAAAAGGGACACACUUUGUCCCUUCUACCGUAAUAAUUCAAAAUAGUCAGCUAACAAGCUCGCUAAUUAGAGUUAUCUGUCUAACUUCUGGUAUUUGCACUCUACAUGUGACUUAAUAUGGGAGUGACAUUUUGUCUCAAAAAACAAAAGGAGCAAUAACAAAUAUUUGCUAAAGUAUUAUUAUAAAAAAAAAAAUUUAAAAUCAACAAAAAAGUUAACAAGAAGAAAAGGACAACCAAGUCUAACCCUGCCAACAAGGUGUCCUUUAAGGGAGGCUGACCUCAGGGCCUAACUUUUUACUAUGGGGGGCCCAGGGCCCACUCAAAUAAUAACACUGAAUUAGUAAUCUUACUCUUGAUUUUAAUCGUAUUUAAUAAUUUAAUAAUCUAACCUAACAAUUUAACAGGAUGAACCUUGUCAAAUGAUUUGAAACCAUUUGUUAAUCACAAAAAGUAUAAAGUAUAAACUAAUCAAACAUAAAAAAAAGGGACUCAUACAUUUACAUACAAUUAAACAGUGCUAAAGAAAAUAAUUAUUCAUCACCACUUACGCUUUCACCACUUUAGUUUUUGCGCCUCAGAAAAUUAUUUUUGACUUUGGCUCCACACAUCUUCUGGUUGUUUGAGUGGUGGAAAAGCGGUAGUAGAAAAGUGAAUAGAUUUUUUU